ACGUGCGUGCACCAAACGCGUUACCAUUUCCAAAAUAAUUCAGCGUAUCCAAAUUUAGGUCACGCCACCGUCCCGAAGUCGGCUACAGAUCCAUGCGCAUUGGCGCGAAGAUCGCACCGAAUGCGCGCGCCACCCGCUAUCCCAAACGCCCAGUUUUAACUAGCCAGCAACUCGCGCUCCAUAAAAAAAGUACCUACAACUAAAAAUUCUAAAUUACGAAAAAAAAAAUAUAAGGCGUAUUCCGUUCGCGUGUUACAAAGCCAGAAAAUUAAAAAAAUAAAAUGAAAAAUACGCGCGACACCGCAUCGAGUUAUUGUGAAAUGUGAAAGCGGACAAUAUGCUGGGAUCUUUCGAAGGGACGUAAUAUAUAAAGAUGUUGUAUAAAUUUUCGUAUGCUUCAGUGGUGUAUUGUAAAUUGUGGUGUGAGUGAUGUAUAUAAUUGAUUUUCUUCUGCCUACACAUUAGACCUUAUGGGACCAAAUAUCACCAGCAAAAGACAGCGACGACUUAUAUUCAACUACAGAAAACCCUCAAUUAAAAUAAUUAAAUUAAUCCUCAAUCUCAUUAAGUCAAACUUACAAAGCAAAACUAACUUAGAUAGACACUCCGAAAUUAAAUUGCCAUUUUGUAAAUAAGUGUACAUACAUGUAAAUUGUAAAGUGUUAAGUGUAAGUGACAUGUUAGUGAAGUGACAGUAUUGGGAAGUGAAAGUGCAAAUCGCAUGGAAGAGUCGAGAAGAAUCGAGACAAUUCGAUCGGCGAUUGGAGAUUCGAUCAGCGGAAGAUGAGUAGUGUGGAGGCGAGCGUGGAGCCGCCGGCAUCGGUCCUCAGCCCGCCCGAGGAGACCCCUGGGGCUCAGGGCCCGGACGGCGCGGGGCCCUUGAUCCCCGUGCCCGCGGCGCCCCGCAAGCCGCCCCGACGCGGCCCCAAGGUCCAGCAGGAGCGUCCCAAGCGGGCCCUGUUCUGCCUCACGCUCAAGAAUCCGCUGCGGAAGAUCUGCAUCGACAUAGUGGAGUGGAAACCGUUCGAAUGGAUGAUCCUGACCACCAUCUUCGCCAAUUGCAUAGCGCUGGCUGUCUACACACCCUACCCGGCCAGCGACUCUAACUACACCAACUCUGUGCUGGAAAAGAUCGAGUACGUAUUCCUGGUGAUCUUCACCGGGGAGUGCGUGAUGAAGAUCAUCGCAUACGGGUUCAUCAUGCACACCGGCUCCUACCUGCGCAACGGGUGGAAUCUGCUCGACUUCACCAUCGUGGUUAUAGGCAUGGUGAGCACCGUGCUGUCGAGCAUUUUCAAGGACGCGUUUGACGUGAAGGCUUUGAGAGCUUUCAGGGUGCUCCGACCUCUGCGUCUCGUCUCCGGUGUUCCAAGUCUCCAGAUUGUUUUGAACUCCAUCCUGAAGGCGAUGAUCCCGUUGCUGCACAUCGCGCUGUUGGUCAUCUUCGUGAUCAUCAUUUACGCCAUCAUCGGCCUGGAACUCUUCUCCGGCAAGAUGCACAAGAGCUGCUACAACAAAUACACCGAUGAAAUCAUGGACACCCCCCACCCGUGCGAUCUAGACAACGGGUUCAACUGCUCGUCCAUAGGCGAGGAUAUGGAGUGCCGCGACGGUUGGAUCGGGCCAAACUUCGGCAUCACCAACUUCGACAACUUCGGCCUGUCCAUGCUCACAGUCUUCCAAUGCAUCACCCUUGAGGGGUGGACUGAUGUGAUGUAUCAUAUACAAGACGCAAUGGGCAACAGCUGGGAGUGGAUAUAUUUCGUGUCUAUGGUGAUCCUGGGAGCUUUUUUCGUCAUGAACCUUAUUCUCGGUGUGUUGUCUGGUGAAUUCUCCAAAGAGAGAGAAAAGGCGAAGAACCGCGGCGACUUCCAGAAGUUGCGCGAGAAGCAGCAGCUGGAGGAGGAUCUGAAGGGUUACCUCGACUGGAUCACGCAGGCCGAGUACCUGGAGCCGCUGCCCGACCAACGAGACGGGCCUGACCCGCGGGACUACGGGAUUGGUCCAACGCCGAACGAACACGAUUCCACAGACCAUUUAGGUAUAGAAACUAAUGAACAGCAGAAGGUAUCCAUCACGAAAUUAUGGAAGAAAGAUUUUGAUAAGGUGAAUCGUCGAAUGAAGCGAGCUUGUCGGCGUGCAGUGAAGUCUCAGACUUUCUAUUGGCUCAUCAUAGUGCUCGUAUUCCUAAAUACGGUCGUGUUAGCCAGCGAACACUACAGACAACCAGAGUGGCUGGACCUCUUCCAGGAGUACGGGAACGCGUUUUUCGUUGCAUUAUUUACGUUAGAAAUGCUAGUGAAAAUGUACAGUUUAGGAUUACAAGGCUACUUCGUGUCGCUGUUCAACCGUUUCGACUGCUUCGUGGUGGUAGGCUCCAUCAGCGAGAUGGUGCUCACCAAGACGGAGGUGAUGCCGCCUCUGGGAAUAUCCGUGCUCAGAUGCGUGCGGUUGCUUAGAGUAUUCAAGGUCACUAGAUACUGGCGCUCCCUCUCGAACCUGGUAGCGUCGCUUUUGAACUCAAUCCAGUCGAUCGCGUCGCUGCUGCUACUGCUGUUCCUUUUCAUCAUGAUUUUCGCCCUGCUCGGCAUGCAGGUCUUCGGUGGAAAGUUCAACUACGAUCCCGUGGAAGAGAAGGAUCGCCACAACUUCGACUGCUUCUGGCAAGCGCUGCUUACUGUCUUCCAGAUAUUGACGGGCGAGGAUUGGAACGCAGUGAUGUACGAGGGCAUUAAGGCGUACGGCGGCGUCGGUUCCUUUGGCAUCCUCGCCUGCAUCUACUUCAUCAUACUGUUCAUCUGUGGCAACUAUAUUCUAUUAAACGUCUUCUUGGCCAUCGCUGUAGAUAACUUGGCAGACGCAGAAUCUCUGACAAACAUAGAAAAGGAAGAAGGUGCGGCUGAAGAAAAAGAAGGUGGAAGCGUCGUAGCAACAGAAGGAGGUCAUGCUGACACUGAUGACGAAUACAUCCAUGACGAUGAUGUGUAUACAUCCGAUAACUCCGAAAGAGAAUACGAAGAAACUGGCUCUGAGGGCGAGCAGCAAGAAGACAUGGAAGGAGACGUAGAAGCCGACAUCGGUGAAGAAGAGAACGGCCCAGAGCGAUUAGAAGAACACGACAGGGGUGAGGACGAAGAAAUGAUGGAAUGUCAUCAGAGGAACCAUAUAGUGAACACAGACAUGGAUGAAGAGCCGCGUCUGAAACGCAAACCGACCACUUCUUCGGCGCGGCCGCGACGACUCUCGGAGGUCGAUAUUCACGACACUAAGAAACCCAUCCCUGAUGCUUCGUCCUUCUUCAUUUUUUCCAAAACAAACAGGUUUCGAGUGUUCUGCUACAAGAUGUCAGCUUCCUCCACCUUCGGGAAUAUUAUUCUGGUCUGCAUCAUGCUCUCCUCAGCUAUGUUGGCUGCUGAAGAUCCACUCGAUGCGGCCCAAAAGGGAUUUCGAAAUUGGUUGCUGAGUCAGUUCGACGUGUUCUUCACGGGCAUAUUCACGUUGGAGCUGUUCCUGAAGCUGGUGACGUACGGCCUGAUUCUACACCAGGGCUCCUUCCUGCGCUCCGCCUUCAACGUGCUGGACAUGCUCGUCGUUUGUGUCUCGCUCAUCUCCAUGAGUUUUAAGUCUGGUAGUAUAUCAGUGGUGAAAAUAUUGCGAGUAUUCAGGGUGCUGAGGCCUCUAAGGGCCAUCAAUAGGGCCAAAGGCCUUAAGUAUGUGGUGAAAUGUGUGAUAGUAGCAAUUAAGACAAUAGGAAAUAUAAUGCUAGUUACGUAUUUAUUACAAUUUAUGUUCGCGGUCGUCGGUGUACAGUUAUUUAAGGGUAAAUUUUUUAGAUGUAAUGAUAUUUCGAAGAUGACAGAAGAAGAGUGUCAGGGGACAUAUUUGGUGUUUGAGAAUCGUAAUUACGUUGUGAGAGAUAGAGAAUGGAAAAGAAAUGACUUCCAUUUUGAUAAUGUUAUGAAAGGCAUGCUUACUCUCUUCACGGUUUCUACGUUUGAGGGAUGGCCGGGAUUGUUGUAUGUAUCAAUUGAUUCGAAUGCUGAGGAUCGAGGUCCCAUAACUAACUUCCGUCCAAUUGUUGCAGCCUAUUAUAUUAUUUAUAUUAUUAUAAUUGCCUUCUUUAUGGUAAAUAUAUUCGUCGGUUUCGUUAUAGUGACAUUCCAAAACGAGGGUGAACAAGAAUAUAAGAACUGUGAAUUAGAUAAGAAUCAGAGGAACUGCAUAGAGUUCGCAUUAAAGGCAAAACCAAUAAGGAGAUAUAUCCCAAAACAUAGGAUCCAGUAUAAAGUUUGGUGGUUUGUGACCUCCCAGCCCUUCGAAUACGCAAUUUUCGUGCUCAUCAUGAUCAAUACCAUCACACUUGCUAUGAAAUACCAUAAUCAGCCACCAGAGUACAGCAAAGCUCUCGACAUGCUCAACAUGUUAUUUACAGCUGUUUUUGCCUUGGAAUUUAUAUUUAAACUCGCUGCCUUUAGAUUUAAGAAUUAUUUUGGAGAUGCGUGGAAUACUUUCGACUUCAUCAUCGUAUUAGGAAGCAUCAUAGACAUCGUGGUAUCGCAAGUAAACGAACUUAAGAACCAGGGAAGUGGGAUGUCAAGAGCGCACGUAAUAAAGGAGAGUUCCAUACCUUCAAUCAAUUUUUUCCGCCUGUUCCGAGUGAUGAGACUCGUGAAGUUGCUGUCUCGAGGCGAAGGCAUCAGGACUCUGCUGUGGACCUUUAUCAAAUCAUUUCAAGCUUUACCUUACGUCGCAUUACUUAUUUUGAUGCUGUUCUUCAUAUACGCUGUUGUGGGGAUGCAGGUGUUCGGCAAAAUAGCGAUAGAUGAUGACACUCCCAUUACAAGAAACAAUCACUUUCAAACAUUUCCACAAGCAAUUUUGGUGCUAUUUCGCUCUGCUACUGGUGAAGCAUGGCAGGAUAUCAUGAUGGGUGUAUCGCCGGAACCGGAAGUAAAAUGCGAUAAGAACUAUGACGAGGAAGGUGAGGACGGUGGCGGGACGUGCGGCAGCGUGCUCGCGUUCCCUUACUUUAUAUCGUUCUACGUCCUGUGUUCGUUUCUGAUUAUUAAUUUAUUCGUUGCUGUAAUUAUGGAUAAUUUCGACUAUUUAACCCGAGACUGGUCAAUAUUGGGACCACAUCACUUAGAUGAAUUUAUAAGAUUAUGGAGUGAAUAUGAUCCCGACGCGAAGGGUAGAAUAAAACAUUUAGAUGUAGUUACAUUAUUAAGAAAAAUAAGUCCACCCCUUGGUUUUGGUAAACUAUGUCCACAUCGAGUGGCGUGUAAAAGAUUGGUCUCAAUGAACAUGCCUUUAAACUCAGAUGGUACAGUUUUAUUCAAUGCUACGUUGUUUGCUGUUGUGAGGACCUCGUUAAAAAUAAAAACAGAAGGUAACAUCGAUGACUGCAAUACGGAACUACGAGCUGUAAUCAAAAAAAUCUGGAAACGAACUUCGCCAAAGCUUUUAGACCAGGUAGUGCCGCCUCCGGGAGACCCUAACGAGAUCACAGUGGGUAAAUUCUACGCAACAUUCCUAAUACAGGACUAUUUCAGAAGGUUCAAGAAGAGAAAGGAGCAAGAGAUGAGACAGAACGACGAACAGACUCACCAAAUGACGCUGCAAGCUGGUCUCCGAACGUUGCACGAAGCAGGUCCCGAACUCAAAAGAGCCAUAUCUGGCAACUUGGACGACAUCACUGCUGAAUCUGAUAUACCUAUGCACAGAAGAAAUCAUUCAUUAUUUGGCGGAGUAUGGUCAAGUAUACGUAGGCACGGGCCCAACAGACACUUUCACAGGCAUCGUAAACAUGGCGAUGCACCUGCGGAUGGUGUUGGGAAUCAUUUAAGCUCAAUGAUGCAACGGGAGUACGGCGUGGCAUCGUUACCUCUGGCACCAAAUCUCGCGAACGGACAGCCCAAAGAGCAAAUACCAUUGAGACCGUUGAUUUUCAACGGCGAAUCCGAAAAAAUAUACCAGGUGCUAGAAAGAACCACAUACGAUCUAAAGAACGCUAGUUACGCAGCCGGGGAUAACUCGACUAGGGGCGUUGUAUCAUUACCGGGCAGCCCCCGAGGAAUCAACUCAUCCGUUCCCGUUGUUGGAUCUGCCGAGAGCUUAGUUACCAGGGUCCUAGCUGAGCAAGGCUUAGGAGCGUAUUGUGAUGCAGAUUUUGUAAGGAACACAUCUCGGGAGAUGCAAGAGGCAUUAGAAAUGACACAAGAACAGAUGGAUAGAGCCGCUCACCAACUCAUGAUCCAGGAAAAGAAUUUAAAACUUCAAAAUCAACAACCUCAAGUUGGCGACAUCUUAGCCCAUCGCUACCACCCUUUCCACCAACCAGCGACGAUGCCGCCGCCGCCCUACAAGCGGUUAUAGCACCAGCCCCCUUCGCGGACGCGCCAGGUGACACACAAAAUGGCGGAAAGGAGCGCACACAAAAUGGCGCCCAAAAAUCCACCAAGCGUCACACGCACCACAGGCGGAAAAGAAAAAGAAAACCAAUCCUGGUUUAGGAAAUAUCUCAUAGAAUUAAGUAGACAUACUUUACAUCUAUAAAUCUGCGAGUAUUCAAAGACCCUAGGCUCGAUUGGUGAUGCUCAACGUUUUCCUUUAAUUUUAAUUAAUCCUAUUUGACCAGGCGGAUCAAAGUUAGAUAUUUGAAUAAUUUUUAAAAUAAAUUUCUAGAAGUUAUGUGUAACGGUAAAAGUGAGAUUCGUAGUUCGAUAGGGUAUAGAUACAUUGGGACAUUGAAGAAGAUGGGUGGCCAAGCAAAGCACAAACACCAGUUUUCACGAAUGUGCGAUGAGAAAACUGGAACUUGGCCAUAUUAGAUAACUUUUAAAUAAAUUAUAGAAAGUAUUAUUAAAAUUGUGAGAGAGAAACAAAUGUCUCGUAAAACAAUAAUAGAUAGAAGUAAUUUUUACGUACUUAGUUACUAAGUAUUUUAUUACUUUGACAUGUUUUCAAAUUGAUAACUCUUAUGACCGCACUCACAGACAUCAACUAUCUUUUUACUUUUAUUAAACUUGAUAAUAUAACUAUCUUCGAGAAGACGAAACGUUACUAAAUGGAGAAUAAAAUUUUAUUGACGUCUCUGUGUGCGGUCGCUAGUGAGACUUAAAAACUAAAGUAAAAAAUCGUUAAAUGAGAGCCUUGUUGUUUAAAUCCAAAUUAUUGUAUCUACUCUCUGUUCUUCUAUGAAUGUUAAUGAAUUCUAAAAGCCAACAUUUGAUAUUCUUAUUAUUUGAAUUGUUAAAAGCUCCUUAAUUCAAGUAUCUUUAUGAUUUAUUUACGUCAAACGACAUUUGGAACUGUUUUGUGUUACUUUUUUUUAUUGUUUGGACCUAUAAGACAAUAUUCAUUAGAAAUACUCUAAAGAACUGAUUGUGAAGCCCUAGAUUCAAGGAAAUCCAAUUUUCAGUAGUUUUGGGGUACGUUUGUAAAAUUCAACACUGAUAGUAAGUAUUCCGUAGCUGAAUUGUAUUUUAUAAGCGAUACCUCAUCGUUCUAGUAUUGACCACUAAUUUUAGGAGUACUACAAACAGAUUUUUAGUAGGUGCCAAAAUGUAGUUAUAGAUGGCACCGUUUUUAGAAUUUUUUCAUCUUUCUCUGCUUUCUAUGUGGUAUUUUGAAAGCCAUACAUUUUUAAAUAUUAUUAUGUAUCUACUUAAAGAUAUUUAUGAAAUUCUAAUAGUGAAAGUGCAAUAGUUUUCCAUUUUUUGUGUAUGUCAGUGGCAUAAAAUUUUGUACCUUUUUGUAGGUAAUUGUAACUUUAGCUAAUAGGAACGUUACUUGACAAAACCGACAAAUUAAGAGUCCGUUAAUUCGAUGUCAAACGGGAAUAAAAUCCUAUUAUUUUUAAUAUUGGUUGAAUUAAAUUAAGAUUCAUCGGUGACUAUGCAGAAAAUUGAUUACAAAUUACUUUAAAAGUAUAAAAAAUCAAUUCAAAAUAAAUUUGAUUGAAUAAGUACAUUUUUGUUAUUUAUUUUUUCAUUAUUAUCAGCUGACAAUACAGCAGGUUAUGACAAUUUAUCAAAGUGUUCACGAACUACUUACAAAUUUGACAUAAACAAAUAUUUGGAAGAUUUUUUCAGUUUUAAAUAAUUAUGUUGACGACUUACUGAUGAUUUCAUAAUCAGACUAAUGAUUCUAUAAUCUAAGUACAAAAGUAUUGUUACUAUUGUAUUUCGUGUUUUAUUUACAUAUAUACAUUAUUUAUAGCACAUUUUUAAUGGGUUUAUUUCACUUGACUCCAAAAAUCCUUCCAUUUUAACAACAAAACAGAUUUUAAAAGUAAAUAUUUAUAAAGUGGACGUAAUAACUUUAUUGUAGUGUUGACUACCUCACAGAAGCUUAUCGAGAAAGCUGGAAACAUUUCAUGCCAGUCACUCCAAGAAACAUUAGAAUGCCUCACUCCCACAUUCUAAUGUAAAAAAAAGAACAAAGAAAACUGAGGACUAGGCUAUAUGGGCAUUGUUCCCUUCGCCUUCCCUAAAAAGGGAGAACGUUAAAAAAAGAAUAUAAAAUAUAAAAAAAAAUGGGUAGUAGUCUUGAAAACAAUGGCUUUGGAGUCCAGUGAAAUAACCCCUAUAAUGUUCUUCCAUUAUCAAGGAAUAUGGCCCUAAAACCUGUAUCUUUUUCAUGUAAAAUUAUGAUUUAUUACCAGUACCUAUUUGGAUUGUUAUGGUUUAGUUUAUCUACUUGAUUUCAUACAUACAAUGAAUAAUACAGGAACGUGUUACCUAGUGAUUACCAAUAUAAUAGAAAAAUACCAAGUAUCUACUUAUAUGAAUUGGUAUUUGAAUAUACCCUACAUACCCUACAUAUUUAUUUAGGAUAAACUAUUAUUUUACCAUUGAUUAUCCCACUGUUAUCUAACUAUCCAGUUCCUUAUUUGUACGUUAAAUGGAAAUUAGCCAUCUUAAAAAGCCAUCUACUAUUCAAUAAAUUAUGUAGGUAGGUAUUAUUACAUGAAAUGGUCGCUGUAUUUUAGUUAAUGUUAACUUUGCAACAUUUUUAACUAACGUUUGCAUAUUAGCAGUUAUUUGUGACAAGAGCGCUGUAAGUUGAAAACCAUAGUUAGCUACAAAUUUUUUGGUCCUUCGAGCAUAUUUUCACGAUAUGUGAAUCCCAGUCUAUCUGUACGUAAUAUUUUUGCUAACAUGUAGGUAACAUCAUCACACGGGUUUCAAGCUUUAGAAAUCACUGAAGUAAUGCAUUUGCUGUAAAAGCAGACAUUGCGCACUGCUAAAGAAAAUCCAAAUGCAGGCCUAUAUCCAUCCAGAUUGGUGUAACAAAGACUUCAUUAUUCUAAAUAAUAACAUAAUGGAUAGUCAAUUUAAUAAAUAUUAAAAAUGUUGCAAUUUCAACCUAACCUGUUAGUUAAGUAUUAAGAUGACCUUAGUAAGUGCCCUUGUUCAAGACGCGACGACGCCGACGUAGGCUGGAAUCGACCUCAGUUCUCCUAAGUCACAUUCCUUUAGACAUAAGAUAAUAAACCCAAUUCUGAAUCUUAGUUUAUCACAGAUGUUACAACUCAUAAAUAACCAAAAUCAAUGGGUAUUAUACAUACAUACAUAAUAUAUAUAUAUGAUACUUUUACACUAUAUGUAUAUUUUCAGUGCCAAGUUUUGACUGCAAACAUUAAACCUAUAUGUUGCGAAACACUACUGAAAAUUCCAUAAUAUACAAUCAAUUAUUUGCUAAAAAUAUAUACGGCAUUUUCCAGCAGGCUACAUUUUAUUGUAAAUGAUAAUAAUGUAUUUAUAACAAAACUUGAUAUCUAUUUAUAUUGACUUCCAUCUUUAUAAAAACAAUCAACAAUUCAACAUGUAAAUAAUGUAAAAACUAUGACGAUAUCCAUACUCCAAAGUCAUCUCUUAAGUAGGUAAUUUUUUACAUACUAGCGUGGUGGCUAGAUAUUGCAAUGUUGUAAAUAACAUGUAAAUAAUGUGAGAAAAUUACAAGUGAAAGAUAUAUUUAUUCCGUCAAACUUAUUGAGACAUUUGAUGACAACAUGAAUUAUUUAUUGUUUAAAAAAGGAAAUUGUAAAAUUGUUUUCAUAUAAUUAAAAAAGUGAGAAACAGGCACUGCAUUUUAAUUUAUCCAGCAUUAUUACUCCUCUCGUUAUUUUUUUUGAAGUUAUACUUCUUUAGGCGCGUUAUGAAAAAAUGAUGAGAGUGAAAUUUUAAGAUGCGCGCGCAUCACUGUAACACAAAAUUUUAACAGCAUGAAGUUGGUCGCUUUAGCGACCAACUUCAUGCUGUUACUUUUGUGUUUACCGCACAUUAAGAAAAUCUACCAACAAAAUAGAAUCUCUAUUUAGUGGGUGCUAACGUCUGCAUUGUGAAGGCCUAUCAAAAGUAUUUAUUAAUCUGGAACAACGGAACCAAAGCGCAAUUCAGGAGACUACAGCGCCAUCUCUUGACCAUUGGCGUAGUAGAACCAAAAACCACAUCUUUAUUUUUUGUAAUAAAGUAACAGUUAUAGUUAUUCAUAUUUAUAAUAUCAAAAGUAUUUAUUAAUCUGGAACAACGGAACCAAAGCGCGAUUCAGGAGACUACAGCGCCAUCUCUUGACCAUUGGUGUAGUAGAACCAAAAACCACAUCUUUAUUUUUUGUAUUAAAGUAACAGUUAUAGGCUUAUAGGUAUUCAUAUUUAUAAUAUUUAUCCACAUGUUUCUAGUUUGUAUAUUCGGAAUACGUGUUUGAGUUUCAUACAAGUGCAAAUCACAUAUGUUCUAAUAAAAUAUAUUCAGUAGCGAUUUUAAUUGAAUAUUUUGAUUAUUUAUUUAUUUUUUCAAAUUAAAACUGAACUUUAUUGACUGUGUCCUUUUCCAGACUUUUUAUUAAUUUAUUGUAAUUAAUUAUUUGCAUGUAAUCAAAAACUAAUUUUAAACGAUGCCAAAGAAGGAUAACUUCUCACGCGCCUACAUAAGUACACGCACCCAUUUUUUUUAUCAAUGUUUCUGUAUGGGUAUUCAAUUAGAUGUCCCAUUAUUUCUAUUAUGUUUUUUAAACAAAUAAUUAACAUUAAUAACAAUUCAUUAACAGCAGAAUGAGGCUUUAUUGUACUAAAAUUAAAAUGCCAUGAUGUAAUGCAGCAGUGAUGUACAGUGAGACAAUUUGAAUCCUGACCCACUAUAAGCUUAUUUUGUUUCAACCAUUUCAAAGCAAUAAGGUAGAUUUUUGUUUUCAUGUAUUCCUGGAAACAAACUUGUUAUUUUCUGAACAAUCAUUUCCGCCACCUUCCUGUGACAUAAUUUUGACAUUAAAUUAUUUGUAGUUUUGCCUAAGGACUAAGGAAUACCCCAUUAAUUUACCAAUGUUUUGUUGAAAGAGUUUCAAGUUUAAAGUGAUUUUGAAAUUCAACUUCUAUUCUAAUUUUAUCUAUAUCAUGAUCUAUUGCAUUGAAAAUAAAAUUCAUAUUCAAAAAUCUUUGUUUUUACACAGUAGACAUGUUUACACAGUUUCCUUGUUAUUAGAAGGUCAGAAAUGCAAUUACACAUUCUCUAUAAAGACAAACUUUUCCUUUUUUUUGAAAUUUUUAAACAAUCCGGGCAAGUGGGUCAGGAAUCACUUGGUUCAAUUGUACAUAUUAUACACUAAAUUAUAAUCAAAUCAGAUAAUAAUGAAACUGGUAAAUUUAAAUCUAAAUACAACAGUGCAGCUAUAUAAUAUGUGAACCUAUUUAUCAAUCAGAGUGCCUCUAGGCCUUUUCUCUAAAGUCUGAGCUGGAGUCUCAGCUUGUCUCUUGUUCAUGCCUUUGCGUUCCAACUGUUUCUCAAUAAUCCUAGCAUUGUUAGCAUAACUGUCUGCCACUUCUCUCGCCUCAAUCUCAUCCUCUUCUUCGUCUAUCGUAGACACAGUUACUGAACUGAAUUUACCCAUGUUCUUCGUGUGUUUAGUAACCAUAAUCUUCUUAGGUUGAGCUAGUGCCACCUGCUUAUAAAUAUCUGUAACACCACCUUCACCAGCAGAUUGCACUAAAGCUCCUCGCAUUAUAAAUACAAUGUUUGUUUCUUGAUCAUGUUUGUAAUAUAAUGGUACAGCACAUUUCUUACAUUUCAAUCUGUGUUGUCUUUCAAUUCCUUUCUCCCUCUUCAAAUAAACAGUUUCGUCGGGAUCUGAAGUUAUUUUGUGUGCAUGUUUUGACCCGUCGAUGACUCGAGCUCCAUCAGUGGGCCUCAAUGGAAGACGAUCUAUUGUACAAUCCAAAAUGAGGGUCAUUUGACCACAUAUACAGUAGUAAAUAUGAAGAGGUUUGGUCUCAUUGUAUUCUUCUUGGUCUUUAGUAUCUGAACAUACUAUACUUCUUGAUACCACUUUAGGCAUUUUAAAUAAGUGAAAGAAAAUUUUAUUAUAAAGUUUCUUUGAAAACAAUCAGGAUUAGGUUAUUUAUGAAACAGAUUUGAAUUAAUUUUUCAAUGUAAGCUCUUCUUCAUGUCUUGUUUAGUUCAACUUGUUAUCGAUUAAUGUAAGUGUAUGUUAUACCAAACCUUUUAAAAGUGAACAACAAAAUAGCAAAAUUAUGAUAAAAACAAACCAGCCAAAACUGUUUGUUACCAUAAUAACUGUCAGUUG